GUCACAUGACCUAGGGGAUGUUGGCAUUGCAAAACUUGUGUUUAGACAAGAGAGAGAAAUUACUUGCUAAACUGAAACAUGCCACAGCUCCUCAUACUCACCCUCAACCUGUUAUCAUGGAUCCCAGUCUUCCUGUGUAGGGUAACUACUGUGGAAGAGUUUGCGGUCCUGGAGGGUCGAUCUCUCACGGUCCCCUGUCAUUAUGAGCCACAGUAUGCCAGCUAUGUGAAAUACUGGUGUUCGGGAAGGAUGAGAAGCUUCUGCAGCAUCUUAGCCCAAACAGAUGCCACCCUGGUUGAAGACAAAGUGAGCAUUUUGGACGACCCUGUCCAGCUGGUGUUCACAGUGACUAUGAAUGACCUAAAGGUGGAAGACUCUGGGUGGUACAUGUGUGGUGUGGAGAUAGAAGGCAUAUGGCAUGCUGAUGACAUCGCUUACACUUACAUCAAAGUCAUUCAUGGUAUGUCAAUAGUGAACAGCCAACUGACUGGGGAAGAAGGGAGUAGUGUCACAGCUGAAUGCCUCUAUAGUGAGAGAUACAGAGAAAAAAAGAAGAAGUGGUGUCGGAGCGGUGACUGGAGCUCCUGUCUGCAGACAGAUUCUGAAGGGAACUACGAAGACACUUCAGUGGCCAUCAGUGAUGACAGAACUGGGAAGUUCACUGUAACUUUAAAGAAGCUGCAGAUGAGAGAUACUGGCUGGUACUUGUGUUCUACAGAACAGGCUCGGGAAGCGGUGCAUGUGCUGGUCACACCCCAACCCACAACUACAGCGCCGUCUGUAACAUCCCCAUUUACAUCAGGUCAGGCUGUUGCACACCUGGCUCCACCCAAACCCAUCAUUAAACAGAACGUGGACAGCCAUAGGCACAUCUUGAUGUCUUUGACUGUGUGCUCUAUAAUGCUCCUUGUUGGCUCGGCCAUAUGGGCAAGAAAAAUGUGGAACGUGCACAGGCCGUAUCCUGUGCAAAGACACGACAAGGAGGCGAGAGCACCGCUCAGUGAGCAGUCAGUGGAUGUAGGUGACCUACAAAAUGUUGCUGGCAUUUUCCGUAACAAGGAUUACCACAAUGUACAUAUUUACUGAGCUUAGUUGGGGCCUUAAUCAAUGCAAUGUUUGUUGUUACUCUUUGUAACUGAAUGUAAUUUUUGUGUUAGUUCACUGCAUAGAACACAUGCUCUCUUGCUAGUGUUUUUUUGUCUAUUACAUACCAUACCAAAUUUACAGACAUUCAUGAUGUUUUCUGCUUGCUACUUCCCAUAUGCAACUACUGUAGUUUAACCUGGAUAUCUUGCAACAGAGUAAUUCUGCCGUGAGACAUUUUUGAAAGAUAUAAUCAUGCAGUCUUCUGUUUCAUUUAGUCAAAAGUAUAACACUGAUACAAUAUCACCUGAUUGAUACAACCCUGACUGAUGUAGUCUGAUUCCAGUAUGAUUCUGUGUAAUUAAAUUGUAUUUCUUUUUGACCAACAAAAUAAAUAUACUGUAGUAUU